GAUCGUAGGGGAGGAUGCUCCUGCAGGAUGGUGGCCCUGGAUGGCCAGUCUGCACUUCAACAACGAGCAUGAAUGUGGAGGUUCUCUGAUCAAUGACCAGUGGAUUCUGACUGCUGCUCACUGUUUCGACAGCCCCAGCACAUCUGGUCUUAUCGUUUACCUCGGACGUUACACCCAAAAACUCUCUAACCCUAACGAGGUGUCCCGGACUGUUUCCAAGAUCAUCACGCAUUCAGACUUUAAUGACGAAACACUCAACAACGACAUAGCCUUGCUGCAACUGUCCUCGCCUGUUACCUUCACUGACUACAUCAGACCCGUGUGUCUGGCGGCAAAAGGCAGCGUCUUUAAUGCCGGGAUGACCUGCUGGGUCACUGGAUGGGGAGACAUCCAAUUUGGGGUUCCACUUCCUUACCCACAGAAGCUGCAGGAGGUGAAUAUUCCCAUCGUUUCCAACAGGGAUUGUAACAAUGCCUAUGGCUACAUCACAAGCAACAUGAUCUGUGCUGGUCUGACCCAGGGUGGAAAGGACUCCUGUAAU